GACCUGUGAGUGAGUGUUCCGUGUGCGAGUGUGUGUGUGCUGAAGCGGAGGUGAAGAAGAGGAGGAUGAAGCUUGGAGCGGAGGAUGGGAGGAAGAGUGGAGUAAGAGACAGGCUAGCUGCGUGUGAAUGAGUGAGUGAAGAAGAGGAGAAGGUCGUCUGAGGGGCCGAAGAAAAGAGGAUACUUCUGUUUUUUGGGGACUAUCUCCGGAGCUUUACUAAGGGAAACUUUUAACUUUUUUACCCGCCACAGCUCGGCUUGAGCCCGGAGCCGGCUUUGUUUCGCGGCGGGGGUGUCUGAGAUAAAUGAAGGAAUAAAAGAGAAGCCGUCGAUAUUUUUUACCCAAGCGGGGAAUACCCUGGAAUUGAUUUUAAUACAGGUUGCAAGAGGAUGGCGGCCAAUAUGUACCGAGUGGGAGACUACGUUUACUUUGAGAACUCCUCCAGCAACCCAUACCUGAUCCGGAGAAUAGAAGAGCUCAACAAGACAGCCAAUGGGAAUGUGGAAGCGAAGGUGGUGUGUCUGUUCAGGAGGAGAGACAUCUCAGGCAACCUCAACACUCUGGCAGACAGCAACGCAAGAGAAUUUGAGGAGGAGUCCAAGCAGCCGGCGCUGUCUGAGCAGCAGAAGCACCAGCUGAAACACAGGGAGCUUUUCCUGUCUCGACAGUUUGAGUCUCUACCUGCCACUCAUAUAAGGGGAAAAUGUAACGUCACCCUCCUCAAUGAAACGGACGUCCUGGCUGGUUACCUGGAGAAGGAAGACUGUUUCUUCUACUCGCUGGUGUUUGACCCUGUCCAGAAGACGCUGCUGGCAGAUCAGGGGGAGAUCCGGGUGGGCUCUAAAUACCAGGCAGAGAUUCCUGACAAACUCACUGAAGAUGAAGUUGACACCCGUGUCCAGGAGAAGAUGGAAACUAAAGUUUGGGACCCCAGCAACCAGCUGAAGGACGCCCAGAUCGACCAGUUCCUUGUUGUUGCAAGAGCUGUGGGGACGUUCGCCCGGGCCUUGGACUGCAGCAGCUCCAUCCGUCAGCCCAGCCUCCACAUGAGUGCAGCUGCAGCUUCCAGAGACAUCACACUGUUCCAUGCCAUGGACACAUUGCAGAAGAACAACUAUGACCUGGCCAGGGCCAUGUCCACGCUGGUCCCUCAGGGGGGCCCAGUGCUCUGCCGGGACGAGAUGGAGGAGUGGAGUGCCUCGGAGGCCAUGUUGUUUGAGGAGGCUCUGGAGAAAUAUGGCAAAGACUUCAACGACAUCCGUCAGGACUUUCUGCCAUGGAAAUCUCUGGCCAGUGUAGUCCAGUUUUACUACAUGUGGAAGACUACCGACCGCUACAUCCAGCAGAAACGACUAAAGGCAGCAGAGGCAGACAGCAAGCUCAAACAGGUCUACAUCCCCACCUAUACCAAACCCAACCCCAAUCAGAUCAUGAUGCCAGGCAGCAAGCCCGGCCUGAACGGAGCCACAGGCUUCCAGAAGGGACUGAGCUGUGAGAGCUGCCACACGGCCCAGUCUCCUCAGUGGUACGCCUGGGGCCCCCCAAACAUGCAGUGCAGACUAUGUGCUUCUUGUUGGAUCUACUGGAAGAAGUAUGGCGGUCUGAAGACCCCCACUCAGCUGGAGGGAGCAUCUAGAGCCGGCUCUGAGUCGGGCUCUCGCAGUCACAUGACCCGCCAGGAGGUCCAGGGUAUGUCGCCGUUCACUCGCAACGAGGGCCGAGCCAAGCUGCUGGCCAAGAACCGGCAGACCUUCAUCCUGCAGACCACCAAGCUGACCCGCAUUUCACGGCGGGUGUGUGAGGACAUCCUGCAGCCCCGCCGCGCCGCGCGCAGACCCUACGCCUCCAUCAACGCCAACGCCGUCAAGGCUGAGUGUAUGAUCAGGCUGCCUAAAGCCACUAAGUCUCCGUUAAAGAGCAAGGUGAUACCUCGACAGUCUCUGGCCACUAUAGUGAAGGAUUUAGCCAUCUCAGCUCCUCUGAAGCUGAAAGCCUCCAGAGGUCCUCCAACACCCAUCAACAGGAACCAGGCCAGUCAGCCUCGAGUGGCCCAAAGCCUGCUGGGAAAGAGAGGCUUUGAAUCAGCGACAGGGGUGCCCUACCCAGCCAAUGGGAGGCCGUACACAUCAGGCAUGAGAACCACGUCCCAGUCGGUCAUCAAGCGGCAGAAGGUCAGCCAGGGAGAAGCUCCCAAUCCUGUGGUGUUUGUGGCCACCAAGGACACCAGGGCUCUGAGGAAACACCUGACCCAGUCAGAGAUGCGCCGGGCGGCAAGGAAACCUCACUUGCUGGUCCGGAUCAAGCUGCCGCCCCCGCCCCGCACCCUGGCCAUGCCGCUGCUCCCCUCCAGCACCAGCGAGCCCAUCGUCCUGGAAGACUGAAGCCUGGUGGGGGGUGUUUUAAUGGGACAUGGGGGUUGGGGAGGUAACCGCUGAGGGUUUGUGCUCUGGCUCUGACUUCCAGGCAGCACACAUUGCCAUAAAGUACUCUGAUCUUUCCUGUUUUCUUUAGUUUUUGUUUCCUUGUUUUUCUCCCUAAACAUGUCUUGUUCAGCACACACACACACACACACACACACGCAAGAAGCACCCCCAAACACACACAGAUGACAGAAUAUUUUUUCUUAUUUAAAAUAAAAAGCAGCUCCACAUUUCCAUGCUCUCACUCCCAGGAUUUAUAAUUUUUAUCUUAAAUCCUGGAUUAUUAAACAGCCCGUUUUAUUACGUUUUACAAAUGUAUAAUUUAAAUUCUGAUAUUUCUCACCUCAAAACAGUGAUAAUGAUGAAGCACAUUUUGAGUUUCUUCUGCAUCUGGUAUGUUUUUGUAAAUAGAUUUCUCUCCAUGUCAGCCUGCUGCUGAGCGCAGCGGACAGCUGUUCAGUCCAAGCGAUCUGUCGUCGUUUCAGUUUGAUCCGACGUUCGGCUUCCCAUCAAAGGAACGGUCUGAGCUGGGCUCGUUGGUAACCGCGUCACCUGCCGCAUUGCUAGUUUAGCUUUUAGGUUGUCGACUUCAGGUGGACAAGAGAUCCAAAAAGAGCAUCACCGUUAACCCCUCACAUAACAUCAGAUUGAAUAAUGCUGAUUUUUUAUGCAACCUGUCAUCUUCUAAAAAGAUUAAGCAGCAAUAAAAAAAAAAAUUAUUUUAUUUUUUUUAUUUUUAGAAUGUUGAUCAGGAAGUUCUUCAUGUGGCUUUAAGUCUCUUCUGAACAGAAGCCAAGUUUCUGAUUGGGAUUCGGGUGUUUCGGUGACCACCACCUCUACGUUUUUAUCUCCCCAGUUUGUCUUAUUCAAAGGGCGAACGCUGAAAGGAAGUUGUUCGUUGUUGUUUGAGUAUUAUUGAAAUAUUCACGGUAUCUGGGUAUUUCACCGGUUUUACACGUUUGGUCCCAAUGUGGACUAAGUUUUAUUCAAAAACUAAAAAAAGUCUAGAGUGUAGCUUGUACAAAGCCAUGUAAAUUAAAAAAGAUUGGCUCCUUUUAUAAAAGAAAAAAAAGUGGAAAGUAACUGCUUCUCCAUAAUGGUGGAGAUUGCUCUAACAUGCACAAACAUGUCCACAAACAAGUUGGGGAGGGGCGACUUUCAGAAGGAACAGGGGCUGAUUUUUGUAAAAGGAGAGACUAACAUGCCACAAUAAAAACUUUUCUCAAGUGUUUUUUUUUUUUUAUUCCGUCUGUAUCCUUAAAUGUAUCUUGUUAAGAAAAAUAAAGAUUUUCUUUUUCUUUGUGUUCA